ACAUCUAACGGAACGCGCGCGUAAUUAAGCCCGCGACGACAGGGAAGAAUGAGAGACGAGUGGGUUGAGGACCAAUCGUAUCCGUAGCAGUUGCGUCCGUCGUCAGAGUCGAUGAAGGAAACAUGGCUGCAGGUUGUUGUGGAACGAAAAAGCAAAAGCUGAACAAUUCAUCGAGCGCUCCAUGCAAUGGUUCGGUAUUACAAAAUGGCACACAGCUGAGGAAUGGGCUAAUCGUGAAACCCGAGAUGGGCUUUUUUUGUUUUGACGUUUUGUAUUGCCAACUACAUCAACUUGAUCCUCCAAAACCGCCCAACUUUAGCAAUGAAGCUUUUCCAUUGUUUGUUACAUGGACAAUUGGAAAAGAUAUGAGGUUAAGAGGAUGUAUUGGUACAUUUAAUGCAAUGCAGUUACAUGCAGGAUUACGGGAAUAUGCAACAACCAGUGCAUUCAAAGAUUCACGUUUUAAUCCUAUAACACGAGAAGAACUUCCACGGUUACACGUAAGUGUCUCUAUAUUGAGACACUUUGAAGAUGGUGUUGAUUAUUUAGAUUGGGAAGUAGGUGUUCAUGGAAUUCGUAUAGAAUUUCAUAAUGAAAAGGGUAAUAAGAGGACUGCUACUUAUUUACCUGAUGUUGCAACAGAACAAGGGUGGGACCAAAUACAAACAAUAGAUUCACUGUUACAUAAAGGUGGCUACAAAGGAUUGGUCACUCCAGAUAUUAGGCGUAGUGUGAAGUUAACGCGAUAUCAAAGUGAAAAAAUUACUGUAAGCUAUCAAGAAUAUAUGACACACUGGCAUAACCGAAGAUACAGUCCUCAUUCAUCUCACUUACCAUGCACCAAUACUCAAAAUAGUUCAUAUUUAACCAGUCAACAAACUGGAUUAAUGAUGACACAACGUAGUCAUCCUGCAUCAUUCAUACAUCCUCUUCCAAUGCCUCCUAUUUCUCCAGUCAUGGUACCUGUGUGGGAUUAUUCAUCAUUUUGGUGGGAUCAAACAGGUCCAUCUUAUCCUCCCUUAAAUCCACAGAUACACCCCCCUCCUCCUUGUGUUCAUCGUUUUUCAUCACAAGAACCCGCAGAUCGUGGGUAUGCAAUAGCAACGGUAAGCGCGAGAUGUAUGGUUUGGAAACCGAUCGUAUCUCAGGUUGUUGCUGCUAUUAACUGAUAAAAUAUGGCAGCUGGAUGUUGUGGAACGAAAAAGCAAAAGUUAAACAAUUCUUCUAGCGUUCCCUGUAAUGGCACCGUGAGUUUACAGAAUGGUAUACGUUUGCGGAAUUCCAUAAUAGCACAGCCUGAGAUGGGCUUUUAUUGUUUCGAUGUUCUAUACUGCCAACUGCACCAACUCGAUCCACCAAAACCGCCCAACUUCAGCAAUGAACCAUACCCAUUAUUUGUAACAUGGACUAUUGGCAAAGAUAUGAGAUUAAGAGGCUGCAUUGGUACAUUUAAUGCAAUGCAUUUACAUGCAGGAUUACGGGAAUAUGCUACCACUAGCGCCUUUAAGGACUCUCGAUUUAACCCAAUAACAAGGGAAGAACUGCCACGUUUGCAUGUCAGUGUUUCUAUACUUCGACAUUUUGAAGAUGGAACAGAUUAUUUAGAUUGGGAAGUAGGUGUUCAUGGAAUUCGUAUUGAAUUUCACAAUGAGAAAGGCAAUAAGCGAACUGCUACUUAUUUACCAAAUGUAGCAAUGGAACAAGGAUGGGACCAGAUACAAACAAUAGAUUCUUUGCUGCAUAAAGGUGGCUAUAAAGGAUUAGUUACUCCAGAUAUUAGACGCAGUGUGAAAUUAACCAGAUACCAGAGUGAGAAAGUAACUGUCAGCUAUCAGGAAUACAUGACACACUGGCACGGUCGAAGAUGCUAGCAACUGCCAAGGGGUCCUUGCUCAGGGCCUCUGUUUCAGCAAAAUCCUGGCAAGAUUUGUUGUUUUAAUAUUGAUAUCAUUAAUUCUUAUUUACAAUAUAUUAAUAAGCAAUACAAUAAGAUAAUGGCCAGUCACCAAACAUUAUUUGAUCCACAGUUUAAUCAAUUUUCACUUAUGCAAUUUUUUUUUAUGUUUAUUAGUUCUCGGGUCAUAUUACUUGUACAGAAAUGUCUAUUUUGUCGGUGGAAAUAUUUAGGAACAUUGUUGUCAUACCACUAUUGUGGAUUAUGUCUUCCUAUAAAGAAAUUUGAAUUUUGGAAUACAAAAAUAAAAAUGAUACCAGAAGGAACUAAAAAAUUUAACCUAUUACUGUUUAAAACAGUGCCUAUGAUUUCAACAUUUUACAUUCUUCUCCUUUAUAAUGCAUAUUUUUCAAUAAAGACAGUAAUAUCAUGGGAAUAGUCAUGCUAUUCUUUUAUUUUUGCUAUUUGCAAAUAAUAUGUUAAGAACUAUUAUAAUGUGAUAUACAUAUAUAAAUAUAUAUAUUAUAUAUAUAUAAAAUAAAGUUGAAAGUUUUCAUGAGGUCUUAUAGGAAAGUAUAAUAAUGCAGUUGAACUUAGUUGUUUAGAAGCAUGCACAAGCCGCUGUUAUUACAUUUAAGUCUCUAUAUAUAAUAAAUUUUCAGUCUUUCAAACGAAUUUUUCAAAUCCAUAUAUGUAAUGUACUUACAUUUGAACUAGCUGUCACAUUAAUAAUGGAUAAAUUUAAAUUUAUUUAAAACCUAUUACUAUUAGCCUAGUACUUCAAAAAUGGAUUAUUUGUGACAUAUAAUAGGAUUCAAGAAAUUAUGAGUCCGAACAUUAUUUUCAAAAAUAUCACAUAGGUAAUUACUGAAUUUAGACUGUUUUAUAAAUAUCUAAAUU